CUAUAUCUCUCUGUACGUAAAUCCCCAAACCCUAAUCUAACCUAAUCGAUCUUCACAUACUCAUUCAAAUCAACUUUUUUGCAGCCUGAAUAUGGAGACUCUCAUUGAUCUCGUGAACAAGCUACAGAAAGCAUGCACAGCACUAGGCGAUUUCGGUGAUGAAUCCUCUCUUCCUACUCUUUGGGAUGCAUUGCCUACAAUCGCCGUCGUCGGUGGUCAGAGUUCUGGAAAAUCUUCUGUGCUGGAAAGUAUUGUAGGGAAGGACUUCUUACCUCGUGGCUCCGGGAUUGUUACACGGCGUCCUCUUGUUCUACAACUUCAUAGGGUUGAAGAAGGAAGAGAACAUGCAGAGUUUGCUCACCUACCAAGAAAAACAUUCACUGAUUUCGCCGCUGUGAGGAAGGAGAUUGCUGAUGAGACUGACCGAGAGACGGGUCGUACCAAACAGAUUUCAUCUGUUCCUAUAUAUCUCAGUAUUUAUUCUCCUAAUGUUGUAAACUUGACCCUGGUUGACCUUCCCGGUCUUACAAAAGUAGCUGUUGAUGGCCAGUCAGAUAGCAUUGUGAAAGAAAUUGAGAAUUUGGUACGGUCCUACAUUGAGAAGCCGAAUUGCAUUAUUUUAGCAGUUUCUCCUGCUAACCAAGAUCUUGCAACAUCGGAUGCUAUCCAAAUUUCUCGUGAAGUGGAUCCGAAAGGGGAGAGAACGUUUGGUGUUUUGACAAAGAUUGAUCUUAUGGACCAGGGUACUGAUGCAGUUGAUAUACUGGAAGGAAGAUCAUAUAGGCUAAAUUUCCCUUGGAUUGGUGUGGUCAACCGAUCUCAAGCGGAUAUUAACAAAAACGUUGACAUGAUUUCUGCUCGAAAGAGAGAACGCGAAUACUUUACUAAUUUGCCUGAAUACAGUCAUCUAGCUAACAGAAUGGGGUCCGAGCAUUUAGGAAAACUGCUUUCCAAGCAUUUGGAAUCUGUCAUUAAGUCUCGAAUUCCGGGCCUCCAGUCUCUCAUUAGCAGAACAAUCCUUGAUCUUGAAACCGAAUUAAACCGUCUCGGGAGGCCCAUUGCUGUUGAUGCUGGGGGAAAAUUAUAUAUGAUUAUGGAGAUAUGUCGAGCUUUCGAUCAGAUUUUCAAAGAACAUCUUGAUGGCAUACGACCAGGUGGCGAAAAGGUGUACGCUGUAUUCGAUAAUCAACUCCCUGCUGCUUUAAAAAGGUUACAGUUUGACAAGCAACUUUCAAUGGAGAAUGUGAGAAAAUUAAUUACCGAAGCUGAUGGAUAUCAACCUCAUUUAAUAGCCCCUGAACAAGGCUAUCGUCGUCUUAUCGAAUCUACGUUGAUUACCAUCAAAUCUCCUGCCGAGGCGGUUGUUGAUGCGGUUCACAGUAUAUUGAAGGAUUUGGUCCGCAAGUCGAUUAAGGAGACCGCAGAGUUGAAACAAUAUCCUUCACUUAAGGUAGAAGUUAUGAGUGCAGCUUGUGAAUCAUUAGAUAGAAUGAGGAUUGAGAGCAAAAGAGCUGCGCUACAGUUAGUUGACAUGGAAAGCAGUUACUUAACGGUUGAUUUCUUCCGGAAGCUUCCACAAGACGUUGAGAAAGGCGGGAAUCCAACGCACUCAAUUUUUGAUAGAUACAAUGAGGCUUAUCUUCGUCGCGUUGGAGCAAUUGUAUUGUCAUAUGUCCACAUGGUGGUUGGAACUUUAAGACACUCGAUUCCCAAAUCCGUUGUGUAUUGUCAAGUUCGUGAGGCCAAACGUAGCUUGCUCGAUCGUUUCUUCACUGAGUUGGGGGCAAAAGAGGGAAAACAGUUGGGUAAAUUGUUGGAUGAAGAUCCAGUGAUAACACAAAGGCGUCAAAACAUAGGAAAGCGGCUAGAACUAUAUCGAGCUGCACAAUCUGAGAUAGAUAUGGUUGUCUGGACCAAGUAGAUUAAAUCGCACCGUACAUAUCAUUUUUGGAUCAUUUUUUGUUUAUGAAACAUGGAUUAGCUACCAUUUACGUUUAUGUAACGUGGUCAUUAGUGA